AUGGCACCCAGUGCGGCCACGACGAUAUGCAAGUGUGGACCCCGGACAACUGCACCCUCAGCGUGGAGGUCCGGGACGACGGCACGGUGUUCUCCCAGUGGGACUCGAAGACGAAGCAGAACCCGAUCGUCGUGGCGUGGACCGACGGCUUCCCCAGCCCUGGCAAUUGCCCCAGCCAGUGCACCGACAGGGUCGGCGGAUUCUGGCUGCGUCUGCCCCCUCAGCGUCACGGCGCGGGCCGUCUUCGUCGCGAUCCCGAGCAGGUCCGAACUCCUCAGCGAGGCCGGCCGCCUGCGCAUCGGCGCCUUCCAGCCCCCGGCCACCGCCGCCUGCCUGGCGCCCUGCGACGGGGAGGUCAGGGCGUACGUGGCCAACGGGGAGGGGAACGUGGACGAGAGCACGGUGUUCGAGUGCGACGGGGUCUACUACAAAAACAUGGAGAGCGUCGCGGAAGUGGCCGGGUACAGCUUCCGCAAUCCGCCCGUGUUCGCGCUCGCCGAGGAGAUGACUGGCCGUUCGGUGAGGGAGGAAGAGGCCUUGGCUGAAGUGGAGGCCCUGCUGGACCACCUCUUCCGCCACCCCAACUUGCCGCCCUUCGUGUCGUUCCGGCUGAUUCAGCGCAUGGUCACGUCCAAUCCGUCACCGGCCUACGUGUUCGAUGUCGCUCAAGCCUUCAGAACCGGCGAGUACAAUGGCGAGACGUACUCUGGCCAGUAUGGAGACCUAGGUGCGACAUUCGCUGCUAUCUUGCUGCACCCGGAGGCUAGAGGUGAUCUUCCAAGUUCUUCUGUGGGCAAGUUGCGCGAACCUUUGGUCAAGCUUCUGCACUUCCUGCGCUCUAUGGGGUACAUGGAUCUCAAAGGACGCCAGAUCUUAAUGGCGAGCCUGGAAGACGAUAUCGGCCAGUGGCCCUACGCGGCGCCCUCUGUUUUCAAUUAUUACGACGUUGAGUAUUCGCCGCCAGGCCUGUCCGACGGCCUGUUCGCGCCCGAGUUUCAGAUAUUCACGCCGCCCCUUGCGCUCACCUGGCUCAACGGCAUGCUGUCUUUGGUCAACACCGGCGAACUCAGCCGAUGCGAGGGUGGUAUCGGUCAGCACACAAGCACUUGCAGUAUAGUUGAGGGGCAGUUGAAUUUCUCCGUAUCCAGCAAUGAUCCCAACGACGCCUUCACGGAAGUCUCAUUGUUGUUGACGGGGGGGCGCAUCAGGGAUGCGGGUGUUUUCGACGCAGCUCUCAACUCUUCUGGGGGUGAGGAUUACCUGAAGGCAGCCAUGCGCACCGUUGUCAUGUCGCCCGAGUUCCACACCCUCGGCGACCCCGAGCCUGCUGGCCAGCGGCCCGCGGCGCCGGAGGAGACGCCCCAUCAGUCGCGCUCCUACAAGGCCAUGGUCCUCCUCUACCUCCACGGGGGUGCCGACACCUUCAACCUGCUGGUGCCCACCUGCACCAGCCUCUUCGCAGAGUACCAGACCGUCCGGCAGAACAUCGCGUUGUCUCAGGGCCAGUUGCUGGGGAUCUCGGCCGACACGCAGGCCUGCAGCACCUUCGGCGUCCACCACGGCCUCACCUUCGUGCGCGACCUCUACGUGCAGGGCCAGCUGGCCUUCGUGAGCAACAUCGGCGGCCUGGUGCAGCCCACCACGAAGGAUGGGUACAGGGGGACCACCCCCCAGUGUGCCGGGCUGUUUUCGCACCUGGACCAGCAGAACGGCGGGAUGACGCUGAAGUGCCAGGUGCAGGGAGCUUCCCCCAGGGGCUUUGGAGGGCGCCUGGCCGACGCCACGGCGGGCGAGGGCUACCGCACCACCUCGUUCUCCCUGGCGGGCACGAACAUCUGGUCGACGGGGCACGGCAUCGGAGAGUGGAGAUCAUCGACGGAAGUAACGGCGCCGUGCGCCUGCAGGGGUACCAGGACUUGCAGGCGAUCGUGGGGAACACCACCAGCCACACGUAUGGCAACGUCUACUGCGAGGAGUACGCGCAGCAGUUCGCCAGCGCCAUAG